AUGAGUGAGGAGGAGAUAGAUGCGUUUGACAUAGAGCUAAAACCAAAGAUCAAGCCUUUAUUUAAAAAGAAACAGGUACAUUCCGAUACAUCGACAUCACGCAAAACCAUUGAAGUUGCAAUCGACAAUGUUACUGGUACCGAGGAGGGAGAGGGGCCAGAAUAUGAUGUGGUGUCUGACAUACGAAGGACAUCCCCGAAUACAACUUUCAAACCUAGAUUCAAACGGAAAGUAACUGAUCCUGACCCGGCAACAUCUAGAAGAACGACAACAACAACUGUCACGGUUGAUGAUGAAUCUGUGAAUGAGAUAAACGAAAACAAGGUGGAUGAACUAGGAACUGCGUGCACUCCAUCACUGCUGGCCAGUAGGGAUCACACGGUGCUUGAAAAAACGUCGGCGUCAAGAAAGGCAAAGGCAAUUCUAAUUGAUGAUGAAAUUGAAAAGGACGAGGUCGACGAGAUGGACGAGGACGAAGAUGAAAUCAGAAUUAAACCUUUGUGGACAUUUCAACGACGGGGUCAGCCUGAAUCACUGAAACGGCGUUUAAACUUGUCCAAAUAUAAAGUCAAUCUACAUGACGAGACCGCGCAAGCAGAACCGCACGGUGACUUCGAUGUAGAGGGCACAGGUGCCAAAGGGCAAGCAGCUGAAUCGCUGGGCAAGCCAGUUCCGGAAUCAGAUAUCAACAUAUCUAAAAAUGACCCUAUUAUAGCCGACGCUGACAACGACGACGUGGAAGAUAACCCUGCCGACAAAGAGUCCGCCAUGCCAGCACAGGCCAACGAUCCCUCAAACUUCCUACCUCCCUCAGCUGGCCAACAUUUGGAUUUACCCACACUACCCGAGCUUGGUGACGAUGAUGAUGACCCAGAAAACAACCCCGUGAUUGCCAAUAUUGAUGAGUUGAGAGACAUGUUCUCUCGUGAAAGGGAAGCAUCAUUACAUCCAGAUAUCAAAUUACCUAAUGGCAGAUCCGCAAGCUAUGAACCUCCAUCAACUAGUUUCAGCCCCCCACCACCUCCCAAUUUGCCACGGUCGUAUGUUCCCAUCCAGUCCAAUGCUGAGCCGACAUUAUCCAAACGGCAAUACCUCAAUCAAAUUGCAUCUGAAUACAACGAUGCAAAGAACUACGAUGAUGGUGCCGCAUCGUCUACGAAUCGAGAACCACGACCAUAUGACUUUGCACCGGGCUCACUUGGUGGCGAUACGAUUCACGACUACGAGUUGAGUGAUGAAGAUAUGGGCGUGCUUAAACGCAAGAUUGAUUUUGAAAACAGGUACAACGAUGAGAUUGUCAGUGAUUACGGUUCUUCCGUGAGUGAAGAUGAUCAUGGUGGUUAUCGUCGUAAUUUCGGACCGAAUUUUGAGCCAGUUGAUAAUGACUUUGGAUAUGGGUAUGGAGUACAACAUAAAUGGGGUAAGCCUAAACAGUCAACUACUAUUCGCGUUCCUACUAUUCAAGAGCAAAUUAAACGCAUUGAGCAUUUGAUUAAGUUGGAACGGGCUAAACAUUUGCAGAAACUGAUGCAUAGAGCAAACUUGUUGAAACGGAAGGAGGAGAUUAGAAAAGAAAGAGAUGUCUUGGUACAAAAGUUGCAAAACUGGCAACUUUAG